AUGGCCGAUUCUUACAGCGACCGCAACUGGGGCGCCCCCGGUGGUUUGGAUCAUACUCACUCCAUGCGUACGCAGUCCACGGCAACCCCGGGGAUGGAUAACCUGGGCCCUGCCGCGGUAGGCGGCGGCAUCAGCGGGAUCGCCCUGGGGGUAGCCAAUUCUCAUGACCGUCAGAGCGGAGUUGACGCUUUCAGGGACACAGACGGAGGCAAUUUCCCCGCCGAACGAGGCUACAACGCCCCCGGCUCCGACAACCCCUACGUGCCGCCGCCGCCCGCCGCCGCCUACGAUAGCUCCGACAAUCUGACCGCACGCAGCGGCGCCUACGGCUCCAGCGCCGCUCUCGCUGCCGCCGCGUCCGCCCCCGCCGGCGCCUCCAACACCUCCCGCCGCAGCUUCGUCGAUAGCCCGUACCAGGGUGUCGGGGCUCUCGAUGCCGGUCCCUACCAGCGCCAGUCCGUCUACAACAACGGGGACUACCCGUUGGUCAUCAAUCCCGACGAGAUUAUCGACGACGGAGACGACGGCUUCGCUCUUCCGAAUUCGAAAUCAGCGGGACACAAGUCGCGUGCCGUGCCCGCGGCUGCCGCUGGAGCGGCCGGAGGUGCGGCUGCUGGCGGCCUCCUGGGAGGUAUCUUCAAAUCUAAGGCCGCCGCGGAGGGUCCGUCGUACGGUCCCGUUCCCGGGGCGGGCAUCGAGGCGGCGGAGAAGGGACAGUGGGCCAAGCCCAAGCCCGGUACAGGGAGUCGGAAACGCGGGUGGAUCGUGGGUAUCAUCCUGGCCGUUGUGAUCGUGGGUGCGAUUGUUGGCGGCGCGGUGGGCGGGACGCUGGGCAAUCGCGAGAAAGAGAGUCCCAGUUCGUCGGAGACAGCCUCUGGCGAUGAGAAGGUGAACGGCGAUCUGGGUAAAGACUCGGACGAGAUCAAGUCGCUCAUGAACAACCCGAACUUGCACAAGGUCUUCCCCGGCAUGGACUAUACUCCGUGGGGUACGCAGUAUCCGCUCUGCCAGAAGUAUCCCCCGUCUCAGAACAACGUCACCCGCGACAUCGCGGUGCUGUCACAAUUGACCAACACUGUCCGGCUCUACGGUACCGACUGCAACCAGACCGAGAUGGUUCUGCAUGCGAUUGACCGUCUGGAGCUGACGGAGAUGAAACUCUGGCUGGGUGUGUGGAUCGACACAAACAAGACCACCUGCGAACGACAGUUGAAUCAGCUGUACGACGUUCUCGACAAGACCAAGGACCACUCCAUCUUCAAGGGCGCCAUUAUCGGAAAUGAGGCUCUCUACCGCGCAGGUUCCAGCAUCGCCGAAGCAGAAAAGACAUUGAUCAGUUAUAUGACGGAGGUGCGCGACCAUUUCAAGAAGAACAACAUUAACAUCCCGAUCGCCACGUCGGAUCUCGGCGACAACUGGAACGCAGAGCUCGUCAAGGCCUCGGAUGUGGUCAUGGCCAAUGUCCAUCCGUUCUUCGCGGGUGUAAGCGUGGACCUCGCUGCUAGCUGGACCUGGGACUUCUGGAACAACCAUAACCUAGUGCUCACCAAGGGCACGGACAAGAAGCAGAUCAUCUCGGAGGUCGGCUGGCCCAGCGGAGGAGGUAAUGACUGUGGCGAUGGAGGCAAUUGCCCGAACGAUUCGGCGGGCUCUGUGGCCGGCAUUGAUGAGAUGAACCAGUUCAUGUCCGACUGGGUUCGAGGCAUUCGAUGA